CUGGAGGAUAUGCAGUCUGUAUCAGAGUUCAGCUCUCUCACCAUUCAGAAGUACCUCAUUGUUAAACCGCUGUGGGAGCACCGCAAAGCUGUGGAUAUACCUGAAAGUGCUGGGUUCUGCUCGUGAAUUCUGUCAAGAUGCCAGGUAGGGCACUGGAAGGGGUAGAGGCCACUUCCAAAAGUGAAGUGACGUCAGCCUUGCUUCAGUACUUCCUGUCAUAGCGGAAGAGACCAGUGUUGCAGUAGGACUGAUGUCACCAUCAUUUGGGAAGUCCAACUGAAAGCACACAGGAUGGAACAAACGAAGAAAAUUUCAGAUGACCUUGAAAAUAUGCUUGCUGUUUUCAAUGAGUAUCGUGUUCUUCCAGAUGUCUUGCCACCUGUUCGAGAGUCUCUGUCCCGUAGAGCGACCUUGACUGCGCCUGUUGGCUUCUUGCACACAGAUAAUAGACGGUAUGGUGGAACGAGAAGCAUGGAUUCAUCUGACCGCGAUCGCCCAGUCAGCUAUAGUUCCACAUCUUCCUCUGCCUCCUCCAGGGAUAGCCACUGCUCCUUGAGCAGUGGGAUGACCCUGGUCUCCAACAGCCAGUUAGGCCUUCCUGGCCAAGAGAAGGAAGCUGGGGCCAUCCGGCUGGAGCUGAUCCCAGCAGGGCACUUGUCUGGCACAGAUGAUUGUGCAAAGGUUAACUUGCCACAUACGAAUUCUGGAGAGCUGGAUGUGAAAAGGCCCGGAGUCAUUGGAAUCAAAAGAGUUGACUCCAGGGUGCCCCACAAGAAUCGUGCAAUGUCACCAGGAGCUGCAUCUGCAAGCCCCAAGCUGCUUUAUGUGGACAGAGUGGUGCAGGAAAUUCUGGAGACUGAGCGGACCUAUGUUGAAGAUCUAAGGAGCAUUGUGAAGGACUACCUUGACUGCAUCACUGACCAAUUACGACUCCCACUGGGGACAGAAGAACGCUUGGCUCUGUUUGGAAACAUCAGAGAUAUCUAUCGAUUUAAUAGUGACCUGUUACAAGAUCUAGAGAGUUGUGACAGUGAUCCUGUCGCAAUUGCAGAAUGUUUUGUAGCAAAGAGUGAAGAGUUUCACAUUUACACUCAAUACUGUACAAACUAUCCCAGAUCUGUGGCAGUGUUAACAGAGUGUAUGAGAAACAAAGUGCUUGCCAAAUUCUUCAGAGAACAACAGGAGUCCUUGAAACACUCCCUACCUCUGGGUUCCUACCUUCUCAAACCAGUGCAACGCAUCCUGAAGUACCAUCUCCUCUUGCACGAAAUAGCUAACCAUCUGGAGAAGGACACAGAGUGUUAUGAUGUAGUACAGGAUGCCAUUGACACAAUGCAAAGAGUGGCUUGGCACAUUAAUGAUAUGAAGAGGAAACAUGAGCAUGCAGUUAGGCUUCAGGAAAUACAGAGCCUGCUGACAAACUGGAAAGGUCCAGAUCUGACCAGCUAUGGAGAGCUGGUCUUAGAGGGGACAUUCCGCAUUCAGCGAGCCAAAAAUGAACGCACUUUGUUUCUUUUAGAUAAACUUCUUCUCAUCACUAAAAAAAGAGAAGAGACUUACACCUAUAAAGCUCAUAUUUUGUGUUGUAACCUGAUGCUUGUGGAGGUAAUUCCAAAGGAGCCCUUGAGUUUCAGUGUCUUCCACUACAAGAAUCCCAAAGUGCAGCACACAGUACAGGCCAAAUCAACACAGGACAAGAGGCUUUGGAUUCUUCAUUUAAAGAGGCUUAUUCUUGAAAAUCAUCCAGCAAAGAUUCCAGCUAAGGCAAAACAAGCAAUUCUGGAAAUGGAUGCCAUUCAUCAUCCUGGCUUUCACUACAGCCCAGAGGGUGAGAGAAAGGCAGAAUCACGUGUGAAGGAAGACAGAAUCACACCUCGCAGACUCCGAAGAAAGUCUGAACCAUCGGCAAGGCUGAAGUCUGCUAAACAAUUGGAAAGAAGACAAGAUAAGCGUGCCAGUAUUGAAGGCUCUCUCCUUUCUCCAUCGAUGGAAGUAUUAUCUUCCAGCUCCAAGUGUGAAAUCAGUGCACUCGGUCAUGGUGACACAGUCAACCAAUCGCAGGAGUCCUUGGAUCCAGCUUAUCCAAGUGACCAAGAGGAUAGUGUCCAGCUACGCACCUUGGAGCAGACUGAUGCCGAUGAUGAAGAGGAAGUUGACAUUGAUCAGGUGUCUUCCAAAUCCUCAACCGACGACUCUCGACUGUUUAAUGUUCAUUUCGAAUGUUGGAAUUCUCAACCAGUUACCCAUACUGCAGAACAGAUUGAAACCACAGGCAGUGUGUGUGGACUGCUGGACAUGGAGUUGAGAGAUGUGUGGACUGAGCCUCUCAAUGGACGUGCCUCAUUCCCCAGUCAAGCAUUAUCCCAUGGGGGUCGAGGGGGCGAUGACUACCAAAAGUUUGUGACAACAGCCUCCACGCCAAAUCUCUCCUCCACCCCGAUCCGUCCACUGUACCACAGUUCCAAUAUACCGAACAAUGGUCGCACUGAGACCUCUGCUCUGGAUUAUCUAUGUGCAGGCACUGAACGAAGGGUUGUGAGGAGAGCCAGCAGCGCUGGGGAGCGCCACUUGGCUUCCCGACACCGACCGCCUGCUGACAGUCAUUCCCGAACAACACCAGGGAUUUCCAGCUCUCAAACCUCCGCUGCUCGAAAUGCCAGCUCUGCAAAGUCUGAAGGACUAGAUGAGGAAAUGCGGAACUCACAGGUUGCAGUCAACUUGAGAUCCAACACCACUGAAGGCAUAUAUGAGAACAUCAUGCUUGCCAGUGAGGAGAGAUUAGCUGAAGAGCAACAGGAAGUUACCUGCAGUCCAGGGGACAUAACUGGUGCCAGUUUCCAGUCGAGUGGUCAAGCUGAAAAGAAACACCAACAUGGCAACCUAAGCCACAAGAAUGUUGAGAUUCAAGAAAGGUGGGAGGGGAGAGCCAGCUCCAUUCAUCUCACUGAGACCGGCCUGGUGUCUGGCCAAAAUUCUCCAGCUUUGCCCAAAUGGGAAUUGAAGACUGUUGAGUCACUGAAUGAGAGGCUGGUGUUGCCUGAGAAAGCGCACACAAAGCUGAAGAAUGAUUGGGAAGAAUGCAGCAAGAGGCACAGCUUCCUGGCUCCUGACAGCGAUUUGAGUUCUUGUGGACUGGGAGGUUUUGUUUCUGAGGAGAGCCUUCGGUUCAGUGGCGACGAAGCUCCCAAUCUCAACCAUCUGAUGGAGAAGAGUCAAUCGGGCUGGAACAGCUCUGCCAAUUCUCACUGUGAAUCGCGUGAAUCCAUCCCGGACAAACUGUCUGAGGAGGUGGACGAGAUCUGGAAUGACCUGGAGGACUACAUCAGGAAGAGCGAGGAGACCAGGCGGGACCGUCUACCUGCAGCCUUCCCGGUCAGUGAGGAUGAUCUGAGUAGACCGGCUAGCACCCACGAAAGCCAGAGAGGAAGGUCGCUUGCUUGCUCCACUAAGGUGUGCCCUAGCUUUGUUGAAGCAGUGAAGAACAAAUCUGGCAGAUUGAGCACAUGCAGUGUCAAAACAGACAGCAGCGAGCCAAGUGGGGAAGCGUCAGUGUUAACUGCGAGUGUUGCUUCCUUGGAUGGUGAGGUGGUUGAGACAGAGUGUUUGUGGCGCAGUACUAAUGUUGAGACUGAUGUUCAGGAUCUAGAUAUCAUGGAUCGAACCAAACGCAGAGUCUAUUACAUGGCCCGGCAGUACAGCCAGAAAAUCAAGAAGGCUAAUCAGCUGCUCAAGAUGAAGAACACAGCAGAACAAUCACCCUCUGAUCAACCCAAGAGAAAAUGCAAGGACCUGGUGGCUAUUUUGGAAGAAAAGAAACAAGGUGGAACUGCCAUUGGUGCCCGAAUUGCUGAAUACUCCCAGCUGUAUGACCAGUUCCUGUUCAAAGAGACUCCGUCUAAAUCAUCACCAAGUGUGCCAGUAGACAACAGUGGGGAGGUGUGUGCACAAAAGACUAUGCAAAGCCCAGUCUCCGGUCACCCCUCCCAUGGGCAGUCCCUGGGCACGGAGGACUGGCUGCUACACUCUACCUACAGUAAUGGGGAGUUGGCAGACUUUGUUGCCUGGCCAGAUAUUCAGGGACUUGCAGCUAAAUAUUCCAUCCAAGAGAAGAAUGUGACAAAUGGGCGACUUCAGAGUAGAGGGGGGUUGGCUGGCUCCGUCCCCUCUGUUGCAGCCUGUCCAUCUGUCCCAAUGCAGCAACGAUGGAGUGCCAUUAUUGUCCCACCUGGUGGGUCAGAUUGCUCAAUGGCCCAUGGCUACAACUCCCUAGGUCGCAGGACGAGUGAGGGUAAGCAGCGGGAGACUUUGCUGCCUUCUCCAGCUGUGAUAACAAGCCAAUCCUCUGACUCCAUCAAUCAUGCUUUGGAUAAGCAGGCACUAUUCUCCAGCUGGGACCCGGCCUCUGACAGACUACAUGUUGGGAACCAAGAGAUUGAGGAGCCAGCUCUGACUUUACGGGACUCGCAAAAGGUCGUUGUAGUUAACAGGGUUCCACCCCUGGAUGCCCAAUUGGCAACACAGAACUAUUUUGCCAAUUUCAAUGACACUGGGGAAGAUGAUGAAGACUAUGUGGAGAUUAAGUCUGAGGAUGAGGAUUAUGAAGACCUGGAUGAGGGAACCUUCACUCAUGACCUGAGCUUCCAUUUUAAUGGCAAAGCAGAAUCUACUCCCGAACCUGGCAAUACCCGUUUGGCUCGUGCCUCCUGUAUCCCAUUGUCAGAUAGCGAUGCAAUGGGCUCUUUAACUAUGUUGGCAGAGCCUGACCAGCUGAGCCACUAUCUCUGGCGGGAACCCUCUCCCAGCCAGCAGAAUAUUGUUCAGACUCUGCGGGACAAGUUUCAGUGUCUCAGCUCCAGCAGCUUUGCUUGAACAUUUCAUCUCCGUUCGAAGACUGGAGAGAGAGAGAAGAGGGUCAACCAUUAUGUAUUAACUGUUUGCAAGCACUUCAUGUAGAUUUCCAGUUAUCUUGCCACCAUUGUGCUGUUGCCGCUGAAGUCAGCGAACCUUUUGUGUUAAAUAGUAUCUAGGUUGUGGCAAUGAACAAGUUUGUUUGAAAGAAAGAAAUGCAAAUGAGGGUUUAGUUUUGUGUAAAGCAAGAACCAGUGGAAAAAGUGACUAGGAAAUGCAGAUAUAUCAUGCAUGCUAUGAGGAAUAUGGGUGGUCAAGUGUUCCACUUGGGGGUUUGAAGGUUGGACCUGGGGUGAUUGCCUGCCCGUCUUUGUUCCAGUUCAUGUAUUGACUCCAGUGUCAUUUAGUUUUGUUUUAUGGGGCAGGGGAUGGAAAUGAUCUGUACGGAAGAUAGCCUGGCCUGUGGGUGUCUUAAUCUCUGAGACUGAGGAUAUUACAGUUUCACACAUUGAAUUGCAUAAAACUGCAAAUGGAACAAGUUGGGCAAGAUUUUUUUCUCCCUGCUCAGCCAGCUAUGGGACCAUUAUUGAAAUUCUGAGCAAUGCAUAGUAAGGGAUGGAAAGACUGGCAAGUGCGAACAAUAUAGUGGUCUUCUUGGAAUCUGUCAAAUGAAAAACCAGGUCAAAGAAAAAGAAAACCCAGUCCUCAAUCAGUUUGUCUGUCAUUUCUCCACAGACCAGCAGUGUAUUUUAUUUUUAUUCUAAACAACACAAGGGUUCAGUACUCUUGACUAGUCAGUGACCAGUUGGAAAAGUGACCUCGUGAUAUAACUGGAAUCCUAUAGCUGUUAUCCAUCCCCUAUAUUUUUCCUGUUUUCCUCUGCUAAACACCCCCAGCCAACCUCCCACUGCCCCUGCACCUCACCUGAUGGUAUUGCACCAAGCAGAUUUGAUUCCACCUAUCAAAGUACUAAUGCUAAAUGCCUUCAGGCUUCUCUUACUCACUUGUACUAAGCUAGCCAUCCUUUUCAAAGAAUAGACAUUGAGAAACUGGAAACUUCAACAGUAUAGCUUGCUCAGCUGAGGCUAAGAUUAAAGGCAAAAGCACCCCUGCUCAUUGGAGAGGGAGGCAAUUUACAUGAGCACUGCACAUUCUGAGACAGGUGAGGAUAACCAAUGACAGUGAUGGGGGCUAGGGUAAGAAUGGGUGAUGACUGGUGGGGAAAGCAUUUUGAAUUUCAGGAAACAAUGUUGAUGCCCUAUCAUGAGCCACUUACCAAAUAGACAUCUCCUAUAUUGAUAGUCUGUGCCAGUUCAACGACAAUGACUUUUCUAUUAUUAAGCACAGAGUGGUUAGGAGAAGGUGGUACUACAGAUAAUGGUGAUUAAUGAAGAAAUGAGGGAAUGCACUACCUUAAAACUAUGUACUGAUUACAUUGAUGCGUUGGUCUCUGUUUGAUUCUGUACAUUCCACAUGGUUAUAGAUUUUCACAUCAACUAUUGGUUAUGGGUAACUGGAAGUUGUCUCAAUUGUUGAAUCUGUUUUUCAUCUUCAGCUCAUUCAUUAUUCUGAGACUAGGGUAUAAACUUGUUCAUAACCCUUUAACCUACUCUGACUCCAUCCACCUCCAUUCCAGCUCCACAGACGGUGACGUUUACUGCUGGUGUAACCUCCCAUCCUAAUCAUAACUGUAAUUGUGAAGAAGAUCAUAAUGUUCAGUGAAAAGAUGCUGUUUGUGAUCAGAGAUCAAUUGCAAAAUGUUUCUCAUGGAUUUCUCAAGCAUUGGUUAUGAACAUGUUACUCAUUUUCAAUGGGCAAAUCUAGAUGUAACACCAAUCCAAAUCAAAUUUUGCAUUCUAGUGUUGUCAAGCUAUUUGUAUAGUCAUUUGUGUAGUAUUCUUAAAGUGCUCAGAAUACAGUAUCUUUAAUCUAAUUGAGACCCCAGUUUUUAGAAAUCCAGUCUCCUAGGGGUUAGUGUAUCUGUAUCACAAUUUAGUUGCUGUAGUAAACUCCAUCAAAAUUUUUUCAAAUUCUCCCUGCCUGUUGGUUAAACCAGUCACCUUUUUCAUUUUUAGUUAUCAGUGGGCUGGAUAUAAGGGUAAGGAAGAUAUUCGUUCAUUCGUUCGUUCGUUCGUUCGUUCGUACGUACGUACAUACAUACAUAAUUUACACUGUAGGUUUAUUAUAGAACUGUGUACUGCUUUCAAAUCUUGUAGAAUAAGCCAUACAUAAGGUGCCCAAGAGGUUUUUAUAGAUCUGCACCACAGCUAUUCCAUCACUACAUCCCCAGGAAAAUGAUGGUGAAAAUUACCGCCUUGUUUAUAUCUCUGUGCCUCCUUUCAAAAUACAUAAGCAAUAAGUGUAUAUUGAACCCAACUGUAGGUGACAGUACGGUGUAUGACUCUAUUGAUAUGAAUCCCAUUGCUCGGUUUUCCAUUGCAAACUUGCUAUUCCCUCAUACUCAUCCAUAUAGAAAACUGGAAAACAAAUGGAGAAAUUGUUUUAAAGUGAUGCACGGCUUCUAUUUUAAGCAAUAAUGAGAUGCACUUGUAGGAACUGAAGUGAGCAUUAAUUGACUUCUAAUCAUGAAAACCAGUGGGACACAAUAGUUCGCAAAAUAUAGUUAGAAAUGUGUAAAUUUUGUAUCAAUUAUUUUUAAUAUUAGGUUAAUACUUUAUUGCAAUUCUUCAUUGGAUAUUUGCUCUAGUUAAUGAGAUUAAAAUGAGAAUCACUGAACUGGAGAGGAGAGAUACUGAUGUUUAUAUUCUGGAAAAUUAUUUCAAGAUAUCCUGAAAUUACCUGUUAACUUCCUUUUUAGAAGCUGUACUGUACAAAUCACAUUGCCACCUGCAAUGGUAAGGGAUCACAAUAAAAAUCACUUGCAGUUCUGA